ACCAAGCCACUCCCCCAACCCCCAUCAUUCCUCAGCAGAACUACCUGAUGACAGAGCGGAGCAAGUUCCUUGUAAACAAUCUAAGUUUAUAUUAAACAUAGAGGGGGGCAGGUGACUUGCAAAGUAUUUGUGCAGCUCUUUUAAAUCUGAAGAUUAGGGUGAGUGGCUUCUGGGCCAGUGUCAUCUUUCCUUUCUCCCCUCACACUUUGAGAGCUCGACUUGAAGACAAGGCUUCACAUUGUGGCACCACUGAAGGGGUACAUCAUGGGAUCAGAUGAGGCCUACAACUUUGUCUUUAAGGUGGUUCUGAUAGGUGAGUCCGGCGUUGGCAAGAGUAACCUGCUCUCCCGCUUCACCAAGAACGAGUUCAACCACGACAGCCGCACCACCAUCGGGGUGGAGUUCAGCACACGCACAAUUCAACUGAAAAGUCUCAUCAUCAAGGCUCAAAUCUGGGACACGGCUGGGCUGGAGCGGUACAGGGCCAUCACCUCCGCUUAUUAUAGAGGAGCUGUCGGAGCGCUACUGGUCUAUGACAUCACCAAGCAUCUGACCUAUGAGAGUGUGGAGCGCUGGCUUAAGGAGCUCUAUGAUCAUGCAGACCCUCACAUCGUAGUCAUGCUUGUGGGCAACAAAACUGAUCUGGGGUCAGAGCGAUCAGUGCCCACUGAGGAGGCGAAGGACUUUGCAGAAAAGAACGGCCUAUUGUUCUUAGAGACAUCAGCCUUGGAGUCCACAAAUGUUGAGACAGCAUUCCAAAAUGUCCUUGGAGAGAUCCACAGGAAGGUGAGCAGUAAAGAGGUGACCCGGGGGUCCAUUAGUGCCGUGUCUCUGGCCAGCCCUGUCCACAGAGCUGCAGGCGACCCUGAAGAGAAGAAGCCCUGCUGUAGGAACCUCUGAUGGGACAAACCACCCAGUGUGGGCAUCAUUCUGCAAAAGAAUGAUGCUGAGCAAGACCUCUGAUGUGACACAGUUACAUGGUGGCAGACAGAAUGAGUUUUCCAUUCCUAAAGAUUGGUGCUGAUUGGGGACUCUGGAGUGGGGAAGAGUAACCUGCUGUCCCGCUUCACCCGCAACGAGUUCAACCUGGAGAGCAAGAGCACCAUUGGGGUGGAGUUUGCCACGCGCAGCAUCCACGUGGAAGGCAA